AUGGAAGUUGCGCGAAGAGAAAUUGACCCAUUCAGAUGGAACUUCAACAUUCCAAAAGAGCUCUACCGAGUUCCGCUCUUCAUCAUGAUCGAAGCUCUCGUUUCGGGAAGAAUCCUUCACGACUCGACCCCGACUUGGAUCAGCGUCCAGCUCUGGCUCGGCUCCAUUAUUCCGCUUUUUCUUCACGACGACAAAAUCCCCCAGUACUACCGCCUCGUUCUCGUUUAUAUUGGCCAUUGUAUGCUAAACCUGGUAGACGCCUUUUUGCUCAAUUUGACGCGACCCGAUUCGCCGCCAAUUUACGGACUCAUCGGUCUUGCCCCGAUGGAACUUCCCGAUUUUCAGUACCUGGUCCGCGUGGCGUUUAUGCUCUUCAACCUGAUCUUCUUCCGCGCGACGCUUUCAAAUUUGAUGAUCAUCGAGCCUGAAGACGAAGAUUCGCGCUGGUCCUUCUCCCAACUGCCCGCCAUCGCAGUGGGAUACAACAACAUUUUCGAGGAAGAAAACACCGAUCCGGAAACUCAAGUUUACGCGCACAUGCGAACCGGCCUCCGCCUGAUGCUGGAAACGCUGAUGAACAACAAUCCAGCUUUUGGAAUCAUUCUUAAAAUAUUGCUCCAUUCGAUGAUCAUCAAGAGCGUUUUGCACGCGAUUUCGACUUACACGCAUUUCGGCAAAUCUGUAGAAAGCCUUAUUGAGUCGAGUCCUGACAUCGAAAAGCUCUCAAUAACGAGUCUCAACUCUUCCGGUCUGGCAAUGAUGAACAUGUCCGCUUUUGGCCUCCACGAGUUUGUCGAAAUGCAAUAUUUCGGCGACUACAUGCCCUCCACAAUCGUCAGUUCCAUCGUCUUGAUUACUACUGAUUCGUUGUUUUCCGUCUUUGCAGUUGCGUAUUUUCUUUCUGGGCCGGGAGUUUGGCUCGGCGUCGCUAUUCAAAGAUGGCUGGGAAAUGGAGAAGAACCGAAUGAUCCCGAAGAGAGGGGGCAGCGGAUGGGACAGUUUCUUGGAAUGCUUCACGGAUUCAUGGCGCUGCAAACAGGAAUCACCUUCAUGAGUCCCGAAGAACGAUUCGAGCGCGCUUACAAAAACAGCUGGCUGGAAGUGGUCGCCUGUCUCCACUACCUCCACGAAAUCGUCGACGCCGAACUGAACAGCAACCAUGUCGACGGGCGCUCUGUUUCUCGUCCUUUACAGGCGAUGUUUGCGUUGUUCCUCAUUCCGCUUUGCAUCGAAAUUGAGCUGCUCAAAAAUCAUGAAAUCUCAACUUGGUCGAUUCCCGUUUUUGUCUUUACGCUGGAACUGAUCGUCAAAGCGGUCACGUCUUUCGCCGUUUACUGGUUGAAUCAAAAUGACGCUGAUGAAGAUACGAUUUUCUGGACAAAGACGGCUUCAAAAGGAGUAGAACUCCUCGGCGGAAUCGUUAUGUUGAUAAAUGCCAUCUAUGUUCUGAUCUUCGAGCGUCCAAUAAUGACCGUCGUCCGAAUUCUGAUGAUGACUAUCCACACCUAUUUCAAUAUCUACAGAACUUUCACCAAAACGGCGAAAUCGAUCAAGCUCCGACUUCAAACCGCCGAUUUGCUUGACAAGCUCAAGGUCGUCGACGUUUCGGAGAUUCCUGAGCCGGAUAGAUUAUGCGCAAUUUGCUACGAAGAUUUUGCCGUUCAGACUUGUUCCUCGAAUCCCGUCGUGGAGACAAGUUGUCAGCAUAGAUUCCACAAGCUUUGUAUAAAGAAAUGGCUGCGCUUGAAAAACGUCUGCCCACUGUGCCACCGUCCCGUCUUCACUUCUGCUUCACAACCUGGUGCCUCAGAUGACCAAAAUCAAAAUGCCCUGAUCCUCGACAACGACGACGACGAUUUAUUUUAA